AAGCGAUCAUCUACAUUCUAGAGUAGAAGAAAUUCAUUCGCGCUCUUUGCAAUCUUGUCCCCAUGCAUCGCAACUAUCAUCACCCUUCCAAAAUGACUCAGUAUCCGACGAGCGGCGGCAAGUCUGGUUCGCGGGGUGAGAUGAAGCGCCCUAGACCUGUCAGGCACACAGCCUCGGCUGAGAAGCCUGUCACACAUGUGCUUCUCCGAGCUCGAAAUCACGCUGACACGUCUAGAUCUGGCUAGCACCUCGGUAAAUGUCGUAUCAAUUCCGCGCGUCUCACGCCCGCGUUGCAAGGACACACCCCACGCGUCUCAAGGGAAUCGCAUGGCGGUGAAGUUGAAACGCUUUCUACAGGGCAUGCUCAGGCACUCUGCAGCUGGCCGAGCGCCGUGCGGCCAUGUGUAGCCGCAAGAUGAUGGGCUCGAUGGAGUAAAGAGAGGAUGAGUCAGGUUCGUUGGUUGGCAGGAGAGCGGGCACCGGGUGAGCAGCUCUCCAGCAUCGAGCGCAAACAAGAUCCUCUGCUCUUUGCUCGCGAUGCGAAGAGUGCCCCCAGCAGCCACACGAGGGCAAUGGUCAGUAGCGCAUGUAUCGCAAAGUCAGCAAGGCAGAGCAAUGGCGAAUCAGAGCUCCUUUUUUAUCAGGAUAAGAUCAGACCUGCACAGCUAUAAAAGAGGUUGACCCGUUUGCAUACUUGCGGUCCUUACGGGGGACGAACAUCAGCAACAUUUCUGCAGCAGUGUACACGCUAAUCAUUUCUUCUUCGCAG